GUUAGAUUCAAGUGUGAACUCAGGUUCGGAGGUAGUGUAUGAGCUGCUUUGCAAUGAUAGCAUGUUUGCCUCUCAAACGAUUUCUCUCAAGUAAAGCAUCGUGGCCAAGUGCUAUUGGCUUUGACCGAGAUUAGGUGGCUUUUUCGAUACAAAUUUGCCCACUGCAUCGGAUUGCUUGUAAAGCUAAUUUUAGUCAAGAUCAGAUAACCUUGUUUGACCUUUGCCGACCUACGUUACUCCAAGUCCCGUGGACCCUUCCACUCACAGUUCAUGAGUCAAGUUCUUUGAAUACACCUCAACAAAUAUUUUCAACAUGUUGAGUUCAAUGGGAGUGGGCUUGUUCGCUGCGUCUUGUAGGCGUGCUAUUCUGCGUCCACCCACUGUCAGGGCUAUGAGUACCUACGUGGAAUCUAUCAAGGUCACCUCCAAAGACGACAGUCGACCCUUUAUGGCCGUUUUUCCGGACCUCGUUCGCGAACUGACGGUAGAGGGAGCAGAGAAGGAUAUUCCUUUGGUUCCCAAGCAUCUGAUGAAGUGCAUCCAAUACACGGUUCCCACGGGAAAGCGGAACCGCGGGUUGGCUCUGGCCACCUCCUAUCAGAUCCUCAAACCCAAUGAUAAAGAUCAGGAGCUGGCCUACAUUCUGGGGUGGUGUGUGGAGUUCCUCCAGGCAUUCUUCUUGGUGGCUGAUGAUAUCAUGGAUGGUUCGGAAACUCGUCGAGGCAAAACCACCUGGUACAAGCACGAGAAUGUGGGCUUGGCCGCGUUCAAUGAUUCCAUUCUUUUGGAGACCUGUCUCUACACCAUCUUGGAGAACCAUUUCAAGGACAAGCCUUACUACCAUGACCUGGUUCAAGAAUUUCGGACUGUCACUCGAUACACGGCCAUGGGACAAAGUCUAGACCUCCUGACCUCGUUGGAAAAGACCCCUGAGGGCAAAAAGAAUUUGGAUGCCUUCGAUAUGUCUCGAUACUCGUCCAUUGUCCGAAUGAAGACCUCCUACUACUCUUUCUACCUGCCAGUGGUUCUCGCUAUGAAAAUGGCCAGGAUCGACAAUCCCGAGUUGUGUCGACAAGCCAAGACCAUUCUCUUGGAAAUGGGUCACUUCUUCCAAGUCCAAGAUGACUAUUUGGAUGUAUUCGGCGAUCCCAAGGUUACAGGGAAAGUCGGGACCGAUAUUGUUGACGGCAAAUGUUCAUGGCUGAUUGUGGUGGCCCUUCAACGAGCCAAUCCGGCACAACGCCAAGCUUUAAAGGAGUGUUAUGGAGUGGAUGACGACAGUUCCGUGGAAAAGGUCAAGGCCAUUUAUAACGAUCUAAAGCUACCAAAGAUUUACAAGACAUUCGAGGAGAGCUCCUUCGAGGAUAUUCAAACCCACAUCAACCAACUUCCUGGUGGGGGCCAAAUGCUGCCACCUCUAGUUUUUGAGGUGUUCCUUAAGAAGCUUUACAAACGGCACGUUUAAAAGGCUCAUUGGAUUCAGACAGGUUCAUAAGCCAAACGAAAGGCCAAAAGUUGAAGCUUCGCGUCUCAUCCCUUUGAAAGAGAGUAAUUCGAUUCUCGGAAUAAUUUUUAUUACUAGUUGUUUGCUUAUUGCACAUCCACCGAGUAGAUUCACUUUAAAUUUGAAACACACACAGUAUUGUCAACCUGCCACGGUGAGGUGAAGAUUCCAAAUAUCCUUAAAGGUUGUCAAUAUCACGUUAUCCGUCGAAAUGAACAAUGCACUAGAUUGAAACUUUAAUAUUGUAGUGUGCAAUGAGCCCUUGGGAUUGGAACGAUACAAUACAGUUAUUUAUGCAGUACAAUAUUACAAUCAUCCUUUAUGAUUCAAUAGGCUCAGCCGUAAAAAAUGGUUGUAAUUGCAAUACGCCGGCAAAUCUUCAAAUGAAUUAUAUGCAUAGGCAUACCAUAAUGAAUGGUAAUAAAUUUUGUUCAGUGAAAUACGA